AGCCCAGACACCCCUUCUCCCCAGGUACCACUGCUGGCCUGGCCUGGCGUGAGUCAUUGGCCGCCCUCUCCAGGCGCCUCCUUGGUACGCACGCAACCGGGCCGGAUUCCCGGGCCUGCAGCCGCUCCUCCCGCAGACCGCGGCCCCGCCCCCAGCCGCACCCGCCAGGUUCGGCUCACUCCCUGUGAGGUGCGUCACCAUUGGCUGACUCCUCUCUUGGGUUCCGCCCCACACCUCCGCUUCCCCGAUUGGGCCAAAUGACUGCCCCUCAGCAAUGUUGCCUGGCAACAGGGAAGGGGCGGCUCUCGAGAGGAGCCCGUGGGCUGCUGGACCGGACCGGACAGCACCAGGAAGCCCGGCAGGAGAAUUCUGCCAGAUAUCAGGACAGAUGGGGAACAGCAGAAGCCGUGUGGGGCAGAGCUUUUGUUCACAGUUUCUUCCUGAGGAACAGGCAGAGAUUGAUCGAUUGUUUGAUGCUCUGUCAUCAGAUAAAAACAGCCCGAAUGUCUCAUCCAAAUCCUUCUCUCUGAAGGCACUACAGAACCACGUCGGGGAAGCUCUUCCCCCAGAGAUGGUCACCAGGCUGUACGAUGGCAUGCGGAGGGUCGACCUGACAGGGAAGGCGAAGGGACCCAGUGAGAACGUGUCCCAGGAGCAGUUCACAGCAUCCAUGUCCCACCUGUUGAAAGGAAACUCCGAGGAGAAGAGCCUCAUGAUUAUGAAAAUGAUUUCUGCCACAGAAGGUCCCGUGAAGGCCAGAGAAGUCCAAAAGUUUACAGAGGAUCUGGUUGGCUCUGUGGUGCACGUGCUAAGCCACAGACAGGAGCUGAGAGGCUGGACUGGGAAGGAAGCCCCAGGGCCCGCCCCCCGGGUGCAGGUGCUGGCUGCUCAGCUGCUCUCUGAGGUGAAGCUGCAAGAUGGCAAGAGGCUUCUGGGGCCCCAGUGGCUGGACUAUGACUGUGACCGAGCCGUGAUCGAGGACUGGGUGUUCAGGGUCCCCCAUGUGGCCAUAUUCCUGAGUGUGGUCAUUUGCAAGGGCUUUCUCGUCCUGUGCUCGUCUCUUGAUCUGACUACCCUGGUCCCUGAGCGUCAAGUGGACCAGGGCAGGGGUUAUGAGAGCAUCCUGGAUGUCCUCUCUGUCAUGUACAUCAACGCCCAGCUGCCUCGGGAGCAGCGGCACCGCUGGCGCCUGCUCUUUUCGUCUGAGCUCCACGGACACAGCUUCUCUCAGCUCUGCGGCCACAUCACUCACCGGGGGCCCUGUGUGGCUGUCCUCGAGGACCAUGACAAGCAUGUGUUCGGUGGGUUUGCCUCUUGCUCUUGGGAGGUGAAGCCUCAGUUUCAAGGGGACAACAGAUGCUUCCUGUUCUCCAUCUGCCCCAGCAUGGCUGUGUACACACACACGGGCUACAACGACCACUACAUGUACUUGAACCAUGGACAGCAGACGAUCCCGAACGGACUGGGUAUGGGGGGGCAGCACAAUUACUUUGGGCUUUGGGUGGAUGUUGAUUUUGGGAAAGGACACAGCAGAGCCAAGCCCACGUGCACCACGUACAGCAGCCCGCAGCUGUCGGCUCAGGAGAACUUCCAGUUUGAUAAGAUGGAGGUGUGGGCGGUUGGAGACCCCUCAGAGGAGCAGUUGGCCAAGGGCAACAAGAGCAUCCUGGAUGCGGACCCUGAGGCCCAGGCCCUGCUGGAGAUCAGUGGGCAUUCGCGCCACAGCGAAGGGCUCCGGGAAGUCCCGGACAAUGAAUGAGGAGCCGCCUGAGCCUUCCUGGAGCCAGGACCUGGAUUCCUCUGGGUAGAGGGCACCGCCUGCAGCCCCUCUUCCCUCCCACAUGGUUUAACUGUAAUAGCGUGCUGCACGGGUCACAGCCAGGUAGUCCCACAUGUGCCAAGAAGACGCCCUCUGAAGCCAUGUCCUGACUCAUGCGUGGAUCUCCCAGAAAUAGAUGGUUUUUAAGUUUUCUUUUUUGCCCUACAGGGUCACCCUCAGGAUCUCUCUGAGAAAUCUUGUGUCAAAUUAGUAACUCAGUCUUAUACUUUGUUCUUUUUUACCAACGAAAUCCUAAGCAGCUGAGACCUUUCAGACCCCCGCUGGCAUUAGGGAAUUCUGCUGGCAUUAGGGAAUUCUGCUGGCAUUAGGGAAUUCCGCUGGCAUUAGGGAAUUCCGCUGGCAUUAGAGAAUUCCGCUGGCAUUAGAGAAUUCCGCUGGCAUUAGCAUUGCUGGGAUCUCAACUUCUCUAUUGAGGAGGGGAUUCCUCCCGCUGGGGUUCAUAUGGCCUCACUCAGGCCAUCCCUGUUAGAAGGUGGUACCUGAUGGUCUGUUCUGACGGGUGAGGGACAGAGGCAUCUGGAUGAAAAUCUCGACGCUUUCUGGGAACAGCUUCCAAUGGCAUGGGAGUUCUGUAUUUAAAAGCAUGAACUGUGUAUAAAAUGGGGAAAUGGAGGCAGGAGACUUUGAGGUAACAUGGUCUGGUGGUGGCGUGAGUCCUCAGAAGGUAUUUGUAAUAAGGUUCCACACCCAGCUCUCUCAGCUGUUUUUAAAUGAAUGUGUGUGAGGAACAGAUGGGAAAGUUGGGAGAUCUGUCUACAGAGAAGCAAAGUUGUGGUUCUCUUGCUAACUUCAAAGUGAGGGACAUUGGGCACCCUAAGUUUGGGAACUUGGUUGAUAAAUACGUGUAUGGUCCAUUCCAUAAAUCAGUGGUGAGUGACUGGCCUGGGUUCUAGAUCUCCAGGAACCAGUGCCUGAGUCACAGCCGUCAGUGCAGCCAUUUGCCCAGGGCUGCUCCCGAGGGGGAUGAUGGGAAAUUCAGCAGUGUAGACUCACUUUAAACAAGCUCCAGUGAUCCUGAAAUGCUGAAGAUCGUGUAGGUGGGUUGUGGGGUCAGCAGAGCUGCCAUCUGCCCACGUCUGGAAAACAACACACGGUGAGUCCCUGGUUGGCCAUGAGAUCUCCCCACUUAAAGGUGCUGCGAGCUUGUCUCUAAGAUAUAUACCUCUUCCUUUUGUCUUUUGCUGUAAGCUUUGACCUUUUGCAGAUCUGAUGAAAAUACAACCUCUUGUUGUAUAGUUUGCCUUGAUUAUAAGCCAUCAUAAAUCGAGCUCUUCACAUUUUUGCAGGCCUUGCAUUUUCUACUGUGAGGUUCAUCAAACCUUCCACUUAGCAAUAGCCCUGAUUCAGGCACUGUCUGAGUGCACGCUCAGACAGUGUGUGGAGGGGCAGGAGCAUGAUGCAGACAAGGACUUAGUCAUAACUGAUUUUCCUUAGCCAGUUUGUAAUGGCUUCUGGGGAACAUUGUGAACUUCCUACCUGACAUGUUGGCAGAUGUAGAAUAUUAGGAUCCUCAAGCAUCUCUACUGUAAGUCCAAAGAAUUUAGGUUCCUAUUGUUACUUUGUUUUGGAAUGUUUUUUAUAAAAAUGAAAUUAAAUACCUCACUAUUAAACUGCCAUGAUGCCUCAGUUAAAAAAAAA